AUGGCCCGUGACUUCACCAUCCCAAUCUCGGGUCUUCAGGUAUUAAUGCAGGAUGCCGAUGAGAAGUUCGAGACACGCCAGUAUAAGAAGAGAAAGUCACAUCCCAAGUCCAGAGGUGGUUGUGGCAGCUGCAAGUUGAAAAGAGUCAAGAACCUGUCCAAGACUGCCUCCCCGGCCACGAUAGACCUAAAACAGUGUGAUGAGACCAAGCCAGCAUGUAAACGCUGCCUACGAACUGGUACAAAAUGCAUCUACAGGGACAUCAAUGACAACUCCUCCAAGUCCAUGGAAAACCAGAAACAAGAUACUAGUCGAUUCCCAUUACAUGCUCAUGGGGAAUUGAUACAACAAAUGGCACUGCCGAUUGUGACACUAGAACCUCAAGCAGACCAGCCUGCCUCGCCCUUUGGGACGCCCAGGUUCACUCUUCUCCGCCAUUUUUACCUCGUCUUCGGGCAGCUAGACAUGUUCGACGGAGUGGCAACAGACCCGGUCGUCUCUCUCGCCCUGUCUCGACCGCACCUGAUGAACGCCAUGCUCGCCGUGUCCGCAUCCCAUCUCCGCUGCCAUGCCACCACGCCUGCCCCCUCACAUCGUAUUGCUGAGCACUACCAGCAGUCCCUCGCCGUACGGGGGUUCCAGACCGCCCUGGAGGAGUCCUGGGACCCUCUCGGCGCGGACGCCCUGCUCCUGACAUCCAUGCUCCUCAAUCUCCUCACCUUCUCCAUCGUCGAGGACGACGACCCGUGGAAGUCGUGGGUGUUCAGCGACGACCCGAAUCGUCUAGGCUGGCUCGGCCUCCACCUGGGCAUGAAGCCUCUGCUGAUUUCAACGGCAGCCUACCGGAAGGAAGGCACCAUGCUACAGUGGAUGUUUGACGCGUCCGACGACGACAAGCGAACAUUCAACGGGACGCCGCGGCCACUGAGCCGUGUCCCUCAGGCGUGGAUGGAGCUCUGCGGGGUCUCUCCGGGCCAAGUACACUGUCUAGAUCCUGAUCACGUCUUCUAUGAGCCUGUCAGGAUCCUAGGGGAGCUCAAAGACAUGGAACCGCGGCACGAGCUCAUGUUCAUCUACGUUUCUUUCGUCGGUAAGCUAGGCAACGAGUUUCGCCGGCUCCUGGAAUCGGGGGACACGGCGGCAAUGUGGCUUUUCGGAUACUGGCUCGGCCUCGUGGCCCGCUUCAAUUUCUGGUGGUGCAACAACCGGGUUCGGCGGGAUCACCGGGCCAUUUGCAUCUGGUUUGAGCUUCGGGGUUUCGCGAAGCGUGCGGGAGCUGAAGGCGAGAUGUGGCGAGAACUACUCUUUGACCUGGAGAAUGCACCGGUCUGGCCUUCCCCAAGAAGAUCGAAAAGCCGUAUCGGAAUGGUCGAUGCGCCUAGUGAGAUCGGCAAUGUGUGUGUGGAAGUAUGA